CUCAGCGUGUCCCUUCUCGGGCACUCGGUGGUCUUCAACGCCGCCUGCGCUUCGGUUGUGUACCUGCUGCCUUCCGACCCGGCGCCAUUACCAGGAACGACUUCCACGCGCUUCCACGAGCGCUGGCUUGUCGCCCUCGACUACAUGGCUGUGGCGACCCUGGCGAUUCCGUUGGCUCUGGUGUUUCUGGCCACGGCCUGCCUGUUCAGCUUGUCCAAGAGCCCGCUCAAGAACGUCAUUCCCAAGGGGGACGUUAUCCUCGACGACUACACUCAGUUUGCGCGAGUGGACAACGUGGAGCUGAGGCCCUUCACCUGGGUUUUCGACGGCAGCCCCGCUUCACAGCUCGCGCAGCGGAGAAGACCAGGGCGUCCCAGAACCCCUCUCUCGUCGCGUGGGACCGACCUGCCUUUCCUUCCGCCGAGGUUUACGUUCUGUCGCGGUCAGAGCGUCGGCGGUAUCGGUACUUGCGAGCACCUGGCCGUGGCGGGUACAUCGAGGCGCCGGGACGGGCGGAACUGCUCGACCGGCGGGCUGACGGGCGUCGCGCCGCUGCAGACGAGGGCGUCGUCCCGCGAGGGCUGCUGCUGCUCCCUCUCGAGCGGCGACGAGGACUUCGAGACCGCGGACAGCUUCUUCACGGACUGCUUUGACGAAGUUCCGCGCAAUUCUGUUCAGGCUGUGGCAGGGCUGCCCGACGUUGGUAACACGGAAAGAUCCUCUAGGUAUUUUAAAUAA